CGGGCUCAGAGCGCACCCAGCCGGCGCCGCGCAGCACUGGGACCCUGCUCGCCCUGCAGCCCAGCCAGCCUGCUCCGCAUCCUCCAGCUGGUCUGCCCGCCGACCUGCGCGCCCUCGCUGAGGCCUGUCUGCGCCCCUCGACCCCAGCAGCACCAUGCAUCUCUCCCAGCUGCUGGCCUGCGCCCUGCUGCUCACGCUGCUCUCACUCCGGCCCUCCGAAGCCAAGCCCGGGGCGCCGCCGAAGGUCCCGCGAACCCCGCCGGGAGAGGAGCUGGCCGAGCCGCAGGCUGCGGGCGGCGGUCAGAAGAAGGGCGACAAGGCUCCCGGGGGCGGGGGCGCCAACCUCAAGGGCGACCGGUCGCGACUGCUCCGGGACCUGCGCGUGGACACCAAGUCGCGGGCAGCGUGGGCCCGCCUUCUGCAAGAGCACCCCAACGCGCGCAAAUACAAAGGAGCCAACAAGAAGGGCUUGUCCAAGGGCUGCUUCGGCCUCAAGCUGGACCGAAUCGGCUCCAUGAGCGGCCUGGGAUGUUAGUGCGGCGCCCCCUGGCGGCGGAUUGGGAACUGGCUCCGUUGUGCUGAGGUCAUCUUUGGUCAUCAGCCUCCAGCAUCUGGAAACACCUCCAACGCAAUGUGGCUUUUACAUUUCUUUCUUUCUUUCUUUCUUUUUCCUGGUACUGGGAAUACACAACACCAGCUGUUUUAUUAUUAUUUGGGGAGGGGGUUGUGAUUUUAUUAUUUGUUUUUUUAAAUGAAAAAUAAAAAGUUAUAUAUUAUAUAUAUUAUAUACAUGAAACACACACACCUACACCGACUUGAUGACAAGGGACAGUUUUUAAGAGACUGACAGAACCAGCUGUAAAACAUUGCUGUUUGUAAAUUCAUGUCAUGCAUAAAUGUAUUUAUGUUGUAAAGCUAUUUAUAUUGUUUAUAAAGAGAUAUUUAUAAAAAUUUUAUUUAUGUAACUAAAUGAAAGAAGUCAAUCAUUGUAAUGUUUUUGUCCUAACUAGUUGAAAAAGUGUAAAAAAAAAAAAAGUCAUUCCAUGAAUAUCUUGAAAA